AUGCCGCUGGCAUUGCUCGCAUUUCCUCUCUUUCUUGCUCUCUAUAACCUAUCUUUUCUCUCUCUCUCUCUCUCUCUCUCUCUCUCUCUCUCUCUCUCUCUCUUACACACACACGCACUCGCUCUUUCUACGCCCACAUUUACUGACUUGAUUUCGCUCAACCAAUCGCUCUAUUUUCAUUCUCAUUAUAAUUUCCUUUCUAUCACCAUUCUAUCUAUCCCUGUCUGUCUGUCUGUCUGUCUGUCUCUCUCUCUCUCUCUCUCUCUCUCUACAAAAGGUCAAUUUAUCUUCUGUGUUCUCUCUCUCUCUCUCUCUCACUCUCUCUCUCCCUCCUUUCCUUUAGCUCAUCUUUUUACUGAUGACCAUGCAAUAUGUCUUCUUAUUACUAUUCAUAUUAUUAGACAAUUGUUCCUUUUGUUUGCAUGUACGGCAGAUACGCAUUAUGACUUAAUACGUCCCCAAUCUGUCUGCCUUUCUUUCUUUCUUUCUUUCUUUCUUUCUUUCUUUCUUAAUAUCUCCGCACCUUUUCUUUUUUUUAUUUACUACUAG